CGCCUCUUCCCCCCGCCCCGCCUGCUUGGCGGCGGAGGCGGCGGUGGCGGCAGCGGUUGUCCCUGCCUCUCCGCCACCUCCACCUCGGCCUAUCCCCCGGCCGGCGGCGUUGGCGGGGAGGGGGACAGUAGUUGUAGACGCCCGCCCCUGCCUCAGAGAAGAUACCACAUUGAAUGAACAAAGAGUGAACUUUUACAGAUACCUUUUGUAAAAGACGUAUGUGGAGUAGUGAUGUAGUUUGAACCACGAAGGAUUUCACAUUAUGAGGUGACUGGGAGUGGAGUAUUGGACAAAAAUAGAUUUUGUAAUCUCUGCUUCAUUUUUUUAGCUCCUCAGUUAUUGCACAUUCUCACUAUGUGGGGAAAGUUCAUGUUAGAAAACUGAACCGAUUAAUGGAUGAAUAUGAUAAGAUUUCUCCACCAAGUUCUCAGCCUGAUAAGGAGAAUCCCUUGUUGUUAACCUGAUGAAGCAUUCAAAGAAGACAUAUGACUCUUUUCAAGAUGAACUUGAAGAUUAUAUCAAAGUGCAGAAAGCCAGAGGCUUAGAGCCAAAGACUUGUUUCAGAAAGAUAAGAGAAGACUAUUUGGAAACAUGUGGGUACAAAGAAGAGGUUGAUUCCAGACCCAGGUAUAGAAUGUUUGAUCAAAGACUCCCAUCUGAAACUGUCCAGACCUACCCAAGAUCAUGCACUAUUUCACAAACAGUGGAAAACCGGUUAGCUCAGUGGCUGCCAGCUCAUGACAGCAGGUGGAGACUAGACUCCCUGACCUACUGUCAAUUCACCAGGGACUGUUUCUCAGAAAAACCAGUACCCCUGAACCUUAGUCAGCAAGAGUAUAAUAAUUGUAGCUCAUACAAGGUAGAGUCUGGUUACAAACACCUCUCCUCAGAAAACAGUUCCAAUGCCCAUCAAGCCAGUCAUAAACAGAUACAUCAGAAGAGAAAAAGGCACCCAGAGGAAGACAGAGAAAAACCAAAGGAGGAGCGGCCCAAGCAUAAGAGGGAGAAAAGUUGUGAGGAAAUAGAUUCAGACAAACACAAGAGCAUCCAAAGAAACAAAAAAGAGGUAGAAACAGUCAGGGUCAGUACACAAAAGCUUAAGAAUCGAAAGGAGAAAAAAAGUCAAGAUGUAGCCUCUAAGAAAGAGGAACGUAAGCAUAGAAAAGAGAAAAAGGAAGAAGGCAAAGAAAGAACAGAGGAGGAAAUGCUUUGGGACCAGUCUAUCCUUGGAUUUUGAAUCUCUUGAGUUGGUUCUCCUGAGGUUAAAUUGAAAAAAUAGUUGAGGACCUUGGUUUUAUGAUGUUCAUGUUCAUAUCACUUUUCGCAUGUGAACAGGUAUUUUAACUUCUAACAAAGGCCAAGUGAACAGGAAGUAUUUAGUAUGUUUACUCUCCAACAUAGAAAUUACUUUUCCUCAUUUUCUAAAAGCAUUAUUACAUUUUUCUUAUAUAUAAUGUAAUUUCUCUUCAUGAGAGUAGCUCUGCUUUUAUUCAUCAAAUUGCUAUGCUG